UAUCACUCUGUCAGCAGCAACGGUCAUAUCAGACCCUCGGAAAUAUUAGAUAUUACGUACAUUUAAAGGAUUCAAACUACUGAGUUAGUCAAAUCUAUAACUCUCAUAUUCCGGAGGCGGCGCGAAGAGAUGACGUCAUCUGUAAGAGGCGAUUCGAACGUGGUGGCAUUAGUUUAAAGCUCACUGCGCAUGCGCGUCCUUCUCUACACUGCUCUGUGCGCGCGCGUGCGUGUGCGAAUGGGUCGAGGUGGAAGAUAAAGAACCAAAACACACACUCUGACUCUUUAAAUCAGGUUCCGGUAAAACCCAGAUCACUUCACGGACCCUUUAAACAUCCUGAAAUCACCAGACCGGAAGCGAGGGACUCUGUGGAAACCGGUAGUUUUAGUCAAGAGGAUUCUGGAGCUUCCUUCUCCACACGGGCUUCGACGCGCUGAUACUCUGCGUAACAUCACUAAAGUGUCCUGAUUCUUUACACCUCUUAUAAUGAAUGAGUCCAGACACCGCUCUUCAGGAAAAUCUCCACAGACUCCUGCUGCUACUGGCUCAAAGAUGUACCACUGCUCAGACUGUGGGAAGAGUUUUACUAAAAGUCAUCAUCUCAAAGAUCACGAGCGGAUCCACACAGGAGAGAAGCCGUAUCGCUGCUCACAGUGUGGGAAGAGUUUUACCCAACUUUGUACUCUCCAACGACACCAACGUAUCCAUACGGGAGAAAAGCCGUAUCAGUGUGGACAGUGUGGGAAGAGUUUUACUCAUCAGAGUCCUUUCCAACAACACGAACGUAUCCACACAGGGGAGAAGCCGUAUCACUGUGGACAGUGCGGGAAGAGUUUUACUUGUCGGAGUAAUCUCCGACAACACCAGCGUAUCCACACAGGAGAGAAGCCGUAUCACUGUGGACAGUGUGGGAAGAGUUUUACUCGUCAGCGUAUUCUCCAACAGCAUGAGCGCAUUCAUACAGGAGAGAAGCCAUAUUACUGUGGACAGUGUGGGAAAAGUUUUACCCAGCUGUGUACUCUCCAACAACACACACGCAUCCACACAGGAGAGAAGCCGUAUCACUGCUCGCAGUGUGAGAAGAGUUUUACUUGCCAGAGUAAUCUCCAAAAGCAUAAGCGCAUUCACACAGGGGAGAAGCUCACAGUCUAGGAAACGUUUUCGUGACUGGAGAACCCUCCACAGCCACCAGCAGAGUCCUACAAGACAGAAACAGUGCCUCUGCAGACAAUGUGGACGGAGCUAUGCUCACUCAAGUUCAUUACGGACACACGAGUGCACUAACAUAAAGCCAUCCAAUCUUGACAUGUGAAUUUGUCAAAUUAAAAUACAUGUUUUAUUUUUCUUUAUUAAAGGGUGGUAAAGAGACAUUCAGGCAUAAAACUAUAAAAUUAUAUUACUUAUGGACUCUAGUAUUCUGUUGCAUGGGACUUUAUUGCUUACUCUCUGGGUUUUAGCAGAAUUCAUGAUUUUAUUUAGUUUUCCGUUUUUUCCCCAAAUGCUACAAUAGCAAGCAUGCAAUCCAUAUAUUUAACCGGUGGGAAUGCCCACUUUAAUCGACCAAUCCAGACCUCUGAGUGCGACACAUGACUCUGACAUCUCCCUCUCACAUAAGACUUUUCAUUUUAAAUGAUUUGUAAAUGUGAGCUAGAAUUUGCUUUAUAAAAUGUUGCGUUGUGCAUAAUAGUUACAGUUUUCAAAAAAGACAACUUGGAGUGUCAGAAAUUUAUACCACAUCAUCUCAGGCUUUAUAAUUUAAAUAUUUAUUGCAACAAUCUGUGAAAUAUGAGCAUAUACAAAAAUCUAGUUAAUUGUACCUAUAUGAAAAGUACUUUAGUCCCUGUCUUCACCGACUUCAUUUUCAGAUCAUAAGGAUUUUGUUUUAAAUAGUGUAGUUUUAGAUGAAAUACAAUAGGACAAUUUUUUUGCCAAAUGAAUAUUUAAUAAGGGCAAAUCAACAUUUGAAGGAGUAAACUUCUCAGCUUUCCCAUGUCCAUCUGAUAAUAUUAUACUCUUUACUGAGUAUAAUGGGCAUUAGAUAUUAUUUCUCACAUUUUGAUCAAAUUAAUGUAUGCAACAGGGUUGACAUCAUGAUAACAGGACUGACUAGAGUAACAGGGUUGAGAGGACAAUGUUUUUGUGUUGUUGUGGUAUUAAAGAAUGAUUUUGUAUUUUUGAAGUAUUACUGUUGUAUCGUUAAAGUAUUAGAUUUGAGUUAAUGUUGUUUUCAUUAUGCAUGCUGUAUAAUGUAAAGUAGACAUUCACACAUACAGGUGCAUCUCAAAAAAUUACAAUAUUGUGGAAAAGUAAAUUUUUUUCCCCCCAUAAUUUAAUUUAAAAAGUGGAACUUUCAUAUAUUAUAGAUUCAUUACACAUAAAAUGAAAUAUUUCAAGCCUUUUUUGUUUUAAUCUUGAUGAUUACGGCUUACAGCUCACAGAAAUAAAAAAUCCAGUAUCUCAUAAUAUUAGAAUAAAGAAUUUAUAAUAACAGUUAUGUCAACAGUUAUAAAUUCUCAAGGUAGAUCUGAGCAUACUGGAACAGAUACACUUAUGUAUAAUCCCCCUGGAACUUUAAAAAAAAAAAUAAACAUUUUUAGACCAAACAAAAAAAUCUGAAACCCACCCAAAUGACUUUCAACAACAACAACUCUACAUUAGAGAAAUAUGUGUGUGUGUGUGUGUGUGUGUGUGUGUAUGAGAGAGAGAGAGAUGGACAAAAUCUGAAGACCAUGUAUCAUCUGCACCACCAAAAAAAAGAAUAUCCAUCCCCAACCACAGUUCGAUUUUUAUAGCAGAUAAUUACAGAUUCAAAAUCAUUUCUUCAAGCAAUGCCAUCCCUAAAAAAUUAUCAUCCAUGACUUUGAUUCUUUGCAAAUUGCUAGAUCUGGAGGCCCAAAAUUUUAAUAUUUACUUCUGCUGGGUACCUGGACACUGGAAUCCCAGGAAAUCAAGAUGCUGACAUUGCUGCAAAAGAAGCAUUAUCAGCGGAUUUCUAAAAGUGUCCAAUACCUCCCAUUGACCUAAAACCCAUAAUAAACUCCUAUAUUAACAACAAAUUGCAAACUGAGUGGGACCAGUGCACCAUGAACAAAAUCCAUGAAAUCAGCCCUAUUGUUGGCACAAGAAAUGUUUCUCUGUUUUUUAGGAAACAUAAAUUUUAAAAACCUUAUAUAGAGUUCCUUAGACAUUUCUCGCCAUGAAAAUAGCCAUAGAAGCUGGCAUGGCAUUAAAAAACAAACUAACUAACUUUUAUUGGCAUGUGAUACUGAAUGAACAAUGCCCAUGCAUAUCAACAGAGCAUUGUGAAUUUGGAGACAUCUUGACCAAUAAUUUUCCAUCUUUUUUGAGAAUCCAGUGGAAGUCUCUGAAUACGUUUUGAGUCUAUACUUCUGGACAAGCUUGUCUGUGACUGUUUUUGCUAUCAGGUGUCUUUUUCUUUCUGUUGUGGCACUUUUGUACUUGUCAUGCAGAUCCUUGACAAAAGCAAAUGGAAAUUCAUGCAUUUUCUCACUGAUGAAUGGUUUGGGAAGUUUCGCAGUAGGUGUUUGACCUCUGAGCUAGGGGACAAACUUUUUUAAUAGCUGUUAUCUUUUUUUGUAGUUUUCUUUCCAGAUUCCAUAGUGCAUCAUUUGUAUGCUUUUUGGACUUUUUCGCCCUGCUUCACGGUGCCUAAAAUUUAAACCAAAAGUAUCAAAUUACUGACAAUGUUUAGAUCUGUCCAUAAAAUAAAUCUAUUUCAGGCUUUUAUCUACUGUUUUAUACUCCUUGUGUACUCUAUCACUCCAAUUAUUGGUAGAAUACUUAUUUUACACAAAUAAAGCAGUGUCGAUUGUGUCAAAUGCACUGUAAACUGAUAAAGCGCAAUGUAAUUCCCAAAACCUAACAUCGAGGAACCUGUUUGUUGUGGAUCUGGCUCUGGGGUCUCUGGUGGUGUUGUCAGACAGUUCAGUGCAACUGAUGCUGCCUUUUUCAUAGCCCUGCACUUUGUCUGUGCUAUUCUCCAGUUCUAUCUCUUUGACCUCUGCUCUCCCUCACUGACCAUAUUUAUAGUUUUUAUCUUCCCAAGCUCCCUGUCUCUCUUCCAUUUCUUCCUUUCUGUCUCCAGAUACUUUGCCCUUCUCUGGGGAUCCGCGUCUUGAUCAGCCCGAUAUCGCCUUUGCUUCUCUGCUGCACUUAAUGGCAUUCUACUUUUCUAUAACAUGUAAAUUUGUAAAAAAAAAAAAAAAAAACAAAACAUGCAUAAUUAGUUUAACAAUUAUUUCUAGCUAAUAAUCACAAAAUACUCCAUACUCAACAAGUAACAGUAUUGACCCCUUCAUGGGGUUGAAUAAUUUGCUCAGUGGGGGAUGCUCAGUUUGCCUUCAACCCAGAUACUUUGUGUAUAACCCUUGGGGAGAGGUUAGGCUAACAGUUACACCAGGCCAUGGCUCAUCAAACAACUUCUUUGUCCUCACUUGAGGAACUGGAAUCUGUUUCAUCCUGCUGCAGUUGUUCUGAAAUCCAAUCUGGCUUAGGGGCCAACCUUGUAUGGCCAAUCUCUUCUGGGCUCAAAUACCUCUAGGUACACCUGUUCUCCAGGAGCCACUGGAACAUCUGUCUCCUCUCUCAGUCUCCUGCACUGUUCCUGUGAAUAGAUAGCUUCAUACAUAGCAGUUAAUUAUCGCAUAUAUGCUCUUAGUUUCCUCUGCAGUUACUCCAGCAGUGGUCCUUCAUAAGGACCUCUCAGAUAUGACACAGACAUGGGUCGACCUGUAAGCAUUUCAUGCGGUGUUAGAUGCAUAUUUCUGCGAUAGCUUGUUAGUGCAAGAGGUAAAGUGUAGAUACCCAAUUGAGUUUAGUGUCAGCACAAAUUUUGUUAAGCUUAGCCUUAAAGGUACUACUUACCUUUUCCACCAUUCCCUGGGACUGAGGGUGAUAAACACAUCUCUACUUUAUUCACAGUUACUGUAACACUGUUACAGCUCUGACAAUGCUGAGCCGUUGUCAGAGCUAAUCUGAGAUGGUAUGCCAUAUCUAGGAACUACCUCUCUGGUCAAAAGUUUUAUUACUCUUCCUGUAGCUUGGUCUGCUGAUGGUGUUGCCUCUCCCCAUUUUCUGAACCCAUCUAUCACCAUGUCUGUGUAGUCUAUCACCAAGUGCUUGAACGGCCCUUCUGGUAUUGGUAUGUGCCUUAUUGGUGCUGAUGUUCCCUGUCUGACAUUAUUUUGAGCACAAAACUCACAUUCAGUUUAAAAAAAAAAAAAAAAAAUCCACCAUUACUUGUAAGUACAGAGAUCAGUACCCUUGCUGUUUUAUCUUUCCCAUAAUUUCCUCCUCGAGCACUGGUAAAACCAUGCGCAUCUGAAAUCUGUACAGUGAGAAGUGCAGUAGGUACAAUCAUCAUGGCAGAAAUCAGUUCAACUAUUCGUUCAGUAUGUUAAAGUGGCAUUCAAUUACUUUGUCUAAAACCUCUUAACCAGUUUGCACUCUGUAGUGAUAACUUUUAAUUCAGCCAAUUGGGCAGAGCAGGGGUGCUCAUAAUGUGUGUGAAAUUUUAGACACAAAAUCUUUCAGAUGGAAAGUCUGAAAAGUUCAAAUGUAGGCUUGAGGAAAUAUGAAU